AUGCUGGGGCGCUACGGGCCAAUCAUACGGGCGCACUCACGUGUUAGGCUGCGGCGUAGCGUGAGCCGCAGAGCCAAUCAAGUCCCGCAAGCCGGCCGGCCUGAAACGCAGCCUGAGCACUGCUACCAAACCUCGCCCCACCCACCACUGCCACCAGAUCCCAUCCUUCUCGAUGCGCUGUAUCGGGCUCGCAUUCACCUAUCGUCGGAUCGCCCAAGCCUCGCUCCGGUACACUUGCGUGUACCCAGUCCCCAUAUUCAUGCUGCACACCUACGCGUCGCUGUCCUUCUCGUCGUACCGUCCUGGCCGCUGCAUCCAUCCCCCAACGCACUCUCUGACGCUGCGGGCGGCUCGCACGCCCUUGGUUAUUUCCCUGUGCAACUUGACCCCGGACAGACCCGCAAUUCGGCACGGCAACUGGACAAAAGGCUAGCUGCCGUGUUCGUGUUGUAG